CCUGCCCUCCUCCCUCCCGGCGGGAGCCCGCAAACAGUGGGAUGGUGCGCGCUCCCGCGGUCAAGUGUAAGUGCACCCGAUAAGAGUGGACGGACACACACACACACACACACAAACUGAGUGAAGAUGGCGAUGAGAGCAGUGCUGCGGUGCGUCUCUGCAAACUUUUCUCCCAAACUGCCUCAGCUCUCGUCGGCAGCGCAGGUUUCAGCGGCUCGGCUGCUGUGGGGGAGCAACUCUCCACGGACACUGAGCACGACCUCGGCCCUGUCCACAGCCAUAAAGUACACAAAUAAGCACGAGUGGGUGCGAGUGGAAGGUGGAAUCAGCACAGUUGGUAUCAGCAAUUAUGCUCAGGAAGCAUUAGGUGAUGUGGUAUACUGUGGACUCCCUGAAGUUGGCCAAAGACUUGAACGUUUGGAGGAGUUUGGUGCCUUGGAAAGCGUGAAGGCUGCCAGUGAGCUCUAUUCACCUCUGGCAGGAGAAGUGACUGAAAUCAACACAGCGCUGGCAGAGAAUCCUGGACUUGUGAAUAAAGCCUGCUAUGCAGAGGGUUGGCUAAUCAAGAUAGCGAUUGAAAAGCCCGAAGAACUCGAAGACCUAAUGGAUCAAGCUGCAUAUGAUAAAUUUAUUAAGUCACUUGAAUAAAUGGAUAAACUCAUUGUGAUGUUUUUAUAAUGUACUUUCAAUCAAAGAUUAGAAGGCAGGGUGACUAACAUCUUAUGUGACACUUUUUCUUAUCUGUGGUAUUUAUUUUGAUACUGAAAUUGUGCUAUCAAAAUAAGUCCUCAGUAACAUCUUCACUUAGGGUUAGGAUUUGUUUAGCUACUAGCCAACCGAAAGGGCUCUUAAUCUCAAGAUUUGUCAGUAUACUUGUUCUCUCGUGCUUUGCUCCGACAGAUGUUGUAAAAAAACUAGAAAGUGAUUGUAAGAGCUGUAUGCAUUCAUUUAUUAAAAUGAGGUCCUGACGCCCCUGUG